UAAAGAAGGCAACUAAACUAAAUAUUUAACCAUAUAAGGAACACACUUCUAAUUUCUUGCUCCAUAUAGAUAGUACUAUACAUAUUACACAAGUCAAUGUUUAGAAGCAGUUCCAGAUGGAGUCUUUCAGGGAUGACCGCUCUCGUCACCGGAGGCACUCGUGGAAUUGGGCACGCUGUUGUGGAGGAACUAGCGGAGCUGGGUGCAACAGUCUACACAUGUUCACGUAAUGAAGAAGCGCUUAACAAAUGCUUGCAAGAGUGGUCUGUGAAAGGCCUUAAAGUGAAUGGUUGUGUAUGUGAUGUAUCUUCAACGCCUCAAAGAGUGAAGCUCAUCGAAAAUGUCUCCUCAGCUUUCCAUGGAAAGUUGAGCAUUCUUAUAAACAAUGCAGGGACAAACAUUAGGAAGCCCACCAUCGAUUACACUGCUGAAGAAUAUGCACAUUUAUUUGGUACAAACUUUGAAUCUGGAUACCAUAUUUGUCAACUUGCUCAUCCUCUUCUGAAAGCAUCUGAAGUUGGAUCUAUUGUCUUCAUCUCUUCUGUUGCUGGUUUGGUUCACUUGUCUACUAGUUCUAUUUAUGCAGCAACAAAAGGGGCGAUGAAUCAGCUUACCCGGGAUUUGGCUUGUGAGUGGGCAAAAGACAACAUUCGUGUUAAUGGUGUUGCCCCGUGGUAUAUAAAGACAUCUUCUGUGGAAUAUGUGAUAAAAAAUAAAACAUUAUUGGAUGGAAUAAUAAGUAGAACUCCGCUAAUGCGCCCUGGAGAAGCACAAGAAGUGUCAUCCCUGGUUGCUUACCUCUGUCUUCCUGGGGCAUCAUACAUCACUGGGCAAGUUAUAGCAGUUGAUGGAGGAUUCACCGUCAAUGGGUUCGAUUUCACAAGUUAUUGAUAUUUUCUUCCUGAGGUGCGAUGUAGCAUGAGUUCUAUUGAUAAACUCAUCAAUUUUGACACAAUAUAAUGCAAAAAUCAUUACAAUUUCAAUAAAUAUUUUAAGUUCAUAA